UCUCACCAAGGUUCGGGUUCGAUUCCCGCCCUGGGCGCAUGGAUGAAUACAUGUCCAAAAGAAUGGUUUUUAUGAAGGAUACUGAGUUUGUUUUGAAAGAAAGGUGCAGAAAACACGGUAUUUCUUCCUUAUGCGACGAUAGUAGAUCACGGAGCCCCAAAAAGGUGGUUGAUUCCUCAGACGACCAGUGUGUUAUUAAACGUCCGGAAACAAAUAAUGCCCUUCAUGUCCGAGGUUAUCCGCUUGCUUCAUCACCGGGAGACGCACACCUCCAUUUAACGGAAGCACCGUCAGUGCUGGAGUUGUGCGUCGAGCAGUACAACAUGGAUCCCAAGCCGAUUGUAACGCUGAUUUAUCUGGUAUGCAUAUGUAUGGGUCCUGCCGCUGCACAAACAAUGCAGGACGCACAGAACCUUCUAGAGACGCUCACUUCCGGUUUCAAUAAGAACGUCCGGCCCGCCGUCAACCAGUCCCAUCCCACGUACGUAAACGUAUCGUUCGAUCUCGUCUCUCUUCUAGAAAUGGACGAGAUAAUAGGGAAACUUUCAGUGGUCGGCAUCCUGUACAUGUCUUGGUUUGAGCCUCGCAUGAUGUGGAACCCUUUUCUAUACGGCGGAAAAUACGUUUUGAACGCGCCCAUAGACAGUGUUUGGAAACCGGAUAUAGUCGUUGCCCACCCUGUAGAAUCCAUGGUAGCGCUCGGGUAUCACCAUAAAUGGGUUAAGGUCAGGUACUAUUACAACGGAAUAGCGAACUUCAGUCCCGGUGACGUCAUUUCUACGACGUGUCAAAUUGACGUCAGGUACUAUCCGUUUGAUACCCAGGAAUGCAAGAUAAUGUUUAUUCCGUAUGGGAUGUUUGGGAACGAGAUUUACUUUAUUACCCCCGAGAACGAGGUUCUCCUGAACUUCUUUACUGAAAAUGGGGAAUGGGCUCUUGACAAAACGGAGACGGCCACGGGACUAAUUGCCGACACUUUUCCAUUCUUCGCCGUUGUUCUAAAGUUGCGACGUCGCCCGACGUUUGUUAUCGUAAACGUUAUAUUGCCAAUUCUUUUUAUGGGUCUCCUAAACGUCCUGGUAUUCUACUUACCGCCAAAUUCCGGCGAACGUGUUUCCUACGCAAUCACCGUUCUUCUAGCGAUCGCCGUCUUUCUUACCUUGGUUAACGACAACCUGCCGAAAACGUCCCAGCCAAUGUCGACCAUCUGCUACUUCCUGCUGACCAAUCUGGUCAUGAGUGCGCUCAUUAUGAUGGUAACCAUUUACAGUCUGUACAUCUUUCACCGCCCUGAAAGCCGACCGGUGCCAAGAUGGCUAAAACAGAUGGUUACGUCGUUUCAUUGUCCUUGUUGGAAGAGGAAAAAGCAAACAGACGUUGAACAGAUCAAGCCACCGGAAGAAACGUCUGACGUCGUUCCAGAAAAACCACCGCUGUACAAACGGCGCGCUAGCCCGAUCGUCGUUAAGGAGCCGUUUACGAUUCAAUUAACCGGGAGCGUCGCUUCAAAGAAAGACCCGGUUGCAGAACCGCCAACUGAGAAAUGGGCAACGUCACGGACAGAUGACGUCACGGAAAAUGUAACGUGGAGCGACGUCAGCGCCAUGUUUGACCAAAUUGCAUUCAUUAUAACGCUUACAUGGCUGGUCAUUUCGGCUGUGACGUUCUUUGUUAUGGUUGCCAGAAAUACAAUGCCAUAAAACGGGCAACUUAUGUAGACGUCUUAAACCCGCUAGAAG